AUGAUCGCAAAUGCAGCCUUUGUGAUGGCGUUGAUUUUCAUGAACGCAUGUGCUCUCACCUACUACCCAUCUGCAAAUGCUCUUCCCAUCAAAUCUGGCCCGUACGGAGGCAAUGAACAUCCAUUUAAACGUGAUCAAGCUGAUGAUGAUAGUUCAAUGUCUUUAUACACUCGCUCGCCAUUGCCAAAUCCAAAUGAUGCGUUUCAUACCGUUUCAGUCAACAGUCUUGAAGUGAUGGGUGCAACCCCAGACAUGUUGUUACCAAAACAUGCAAAUCCAAAAAAGGGGAAAAUGAGCGUAUUCUUGAAACGUUCAAACGAUGAUCUGGAAAACGAUUCUGAUUUCCAAAAGCGUUUUUAUGCGUUGGAUGAAGUAAGAUUGCGCCAAGGCAAAAUUACCAAAGAAGAAGCCAAGAAACAUGUAGAACAACAAAUGGCAUGGGGUGAACAUACAGCCAAUGCAUCUAAAGAAAAGCCAUUCAAGAAACGUUUCUUUGCGGGACAACAAUUAGCUGUUUUGCACGGUACCAUGACGCCCAGUGAAGCAAGUGAAAGUGUACAAAAACAGCUUAACCUUUUCAAGCAUCACUGA